GGAAGUGAUGCGGUGACCCUUCAAACGGCCGCUCGAGGCGCAGAGUGGGGGAGAGGGAGAGAGAGAGGCGCCGAAAUGGCCGACGGUGUGGAUCACAUCGAUAUCUACGCCGAUGUCGGCGAGGAGUUUAACCAGGAAACUGAGUACAGUGGUCAUGAUCAGAUAGAUUUGUAUGAUGAUGUCAUAUCACCAUCUGCCAAUAAUGGAGAUGCACCAGAGGAUCGUGAUUAUAUGGACAGCAUGCCACAGUCUGUUUCAGAUGAUGGUGGCAAAACUCCCAAUUCAUUGGGUCCAAAUAUUGUUUAUACCUAUACCGGCAAGAGAAUAGCUUUGUAUAUUGGGAAUCUGACUUGGUGGACCACAGAUGAGGAUUUGACUGAAGCCCUUCAUUCAAUGGGCAUUACUGAUGUUUUAGAAAUAAAGUUUUUUGAGAACCGGGCUAAUGGACAGUCAAAAGGGUUUGCUCUCAUUUGUGUGGGAUCUGAAAGCUCAUCCAAAAAAUUGUUGGAUAUGCUUCCUAAACGAGACAUGCAUGGACAGAACCCUAUUGUCACACCAUGCAAUAAGCAGUCACUCAGUCAGUUUGAAAUGCAAUCUAGAAAAUCUACUCAGUCUGGCCAGAUGUCAGGGGAAGGCAAAGCUGGGCCUCCUGGGGCCAAUAGUCGCUUAGCAUUUUCCCAAAGUGGAAGAGGACGCGGUCGUUUCCCACCAUCUGGCCCUGGUGGGGACAGAUUCCCAGGGCCUUCUGGACCAGGAGGGCCUCCACCUUUUCCUGGACAAGGUCCACCACGGCCACCUCCAGGCCCUCCUGGUCCACCAGGGCCCCCGGGUCCGCCUCCACCUGGGCAAGGUCUUCCUCCUCCAUUAGGUGGGCCACCAAAUCGUGGUGAUCGUCCUCCACCCCCAGUUCUCUUUCCAGGACAACCAUUCGGGCAACCUCCCAUGGGACCACUCCCUCCUGGUCCUCCCCCUCCUGUUCCAGGCUAUGGCCCUCCUCCUGGUCCUCCCCCUCCUCAACAAGGACCCCCUCCACCACCUGGCCCUUUCCCACCACGUCCUCCAGGCCCACUUGGUCCCCCUAUUAAUCUUGCUCCACCACCCCAUCUUCCUGGACCCCCUCCUGGUGCACCACCUCCAGCCCCUCAUGUCAAUCCUGCUUUCUUCCCACCACCGGCCAAUAAUGUAAUUCCCUCGUCUGACAGUCGUGGACCGCCUCCAUCAGAUCCAUAUGGGCGGCCUCCACCAUAUGAUCGAGGAGACUAUGGACCUGCUGGCAGAGACAUGGAUUCUUCAAGGACUCCACUGAGUGAAGCAGAAUUUGAGGAAAUCAUGAAUCGAAACAGAGCCAUUUCUAGCAGUGCAAUAUCGAGGGCUGUAUCAGAUGCUAGUGCUGGUGAUUAUGGGAGUGCUAUUGAAACCCUGGUCACUGCUAUUUCUUUGAUUAAGCAGUCUAAAGUAUCUGCUGAUGACCGUUGUAAAGUUCUCAUAAGUUCUCUACAGGAUUGUCUUCAUGGAAUAGAAUCAAAGUCAUAUGGUUCUGGGUCACGAAAACGUGAACGUUCACGGGAGAGAGAUCACAGUAGAUCGAGAGAGAAAAGCAGACGUCACAAAGAGCGCUCACGAAGCCGUGAUCGGCAUGAUGACUAUUACCGUGAAAGAAGUAGAGAGCGGGAAAGGCAUCGCGAUCGUGAGCGAGAUAGAGACAGAGAGAGAGACAGAGAACGAGAGUAUCGUCAUCGUUAAAAUAGCUGUCUGAAGAGAAACGUCUCCAGAUAAAAGAAACAACAAAGGCUCUUCACAGAAAAGACUGCCCUUUAUCCAUCUGUUGGAAUUUCAUGGUUGAACAGGAAUUCUCAGGCUACGUGGUUAAACGGAGCAACAGUAACGAAUAAAGCAAAUCCACUGUAAUGGUAACUGAUUGCUCUACAUUUUUUUUAUGUUGCUUGAUUAACCAUUUUAUUUGGACACAACCUGUGUGACUUAAAAGUUACUAAAAGCUUUGGCAACUCUUCGUAUUCUAAGCGUUAGAAGUACAUGAUAUGUAAAAUUAAAAGUCGUUAGCUUCACUGUUUUUAUAGUUCUUUCAUCUUGUUACCAAAAUUGUUACAAAAAUGUUAAUGUUCAAAUAAUGACUGUAAACAGCUAAGUUUCAGUUUAUCAAAAUAGAUGUACUAUUAGUGUUGUAAUAAACUGUUAAAUGGAGCCUACAGUUGUAGAUUAUGCAAGUUCUCAGAUUCAGUUUCUUGAUGUUGAAUUCCUUUUGAAGGCUGUAUGUUGUGGUAUUUUAAUUUGAUAAAUUCCAACAUGUGUAA